UCCAAUAUCUCCAGUUGUCAGUUGCAUUUCGCGGUUUCCUUCGCAAAGCCGUCCACCUUAAACCUCUUCGACCAAGACGUAAAAACAAUCGAAGAUGUCAGCCGAAGCGUGGAAUACAACUCAAGAAAUACAGGACCUGAAGGACAACAUCGACGAUCUCUUUUUACUGGUCAACGCAAUAUUCGUUUCCUUUAUGCAAGCUGGUUUCGCUUGUCUCGAAGCUGGGGCUGUAAGAAACAAAAACGCCACUAACAUCUUGAUGAAGAACCUUCUCGAUCUAUUUAUAUGUGGCAUAUUCUACUAUUUGAUCGGAUAUGCUCUUGCUUACGGGAAUGGAUCCCCAUACUUGGGACUUACCACUUGGGCCGGAAUAGGCUUACUUGAGUCAAGUUUGGCUUUCUGGUUCUUCCAGUUCGUUUUCGCAGCUACAGCAGCAACUAUUAUAUCUGGUGCUGUUGCCGAAAGAUGUAAUUUUACUGCAUACAUAAUCUACAGUGCAACAAUAUCAGGAUUUGUCUACCCAGUUGUCAGUCAUUGGACUUGGCAUGACGAAGGCUGGUUGAAAAUUAAAGGGUACAAGGAUUUUGCUGGAAGUGGUGUGGUCCACGCUCUUGCUGGUGUGUGCUCAUUCGUCGCAGCGUCUUUCAUGGGGCCGAGAAUCGGUAGAUUUUCACACGGUAAAACUUAUGACAUCCCUGGCCAUUCAUUGCCGAUGGUCGGCACAGGAGCUCUUCUUCUGAUCUCGGGGUUUUUAGCAUUCAACGGCGGUUCACUCGGUCAUGUCACACAACCAGGUGAUAGUAUGAUCAUUGCAAGAAGCAUGCUUAGUACGAUAAUAGGAGGAAGUGGAGCAGCUACAGUCGCUCUCAUUUUUGGUAGAUGUCAUUUAAUUAAUGAGAGUGAUUGGCCUUUCAGUUUUGUCUUGAAUGCCACUCUCGCUGGAAUGGUAAGUGUAUGUGGAGGGCCUGAAGCAUACUCUACUUGGAUAGCAUUAGUCGUUGGUGGUAUUGGUUGUCUGUGCUAUCAGUGUAUUCACAAGGUGGUCCUGUUGUUAAAAGUCGAUGAUCCAUUGGAUGCAGUCGCCGUUCAUUUUGGCGCAGGUUGCUGGGGUGUUAUUGCAAGGCCAAUAUUCUCCAAAGAUGGACUUAUAUUCGGAUUCACACACGAUUCUUCUGUGCAAUUACUCAAUAACUUUGUGGGACUUUUUGCUAUAAUCAGUUGGUCAGCUAUAACAAGCUGCAUCCUUUUUGGAAGUCUCAAACUCUGUGGGAAACUUAGGGUUUCCGAACAAGAGGAAAUUAAAGGUCUUGACGUUUCCAAGCAUGGCGAAGAGUCGUACCCAAAGUCUGCGUGGUGGACCAACGAAUCGCCUCUCAACCAAAACGAAAAUGCAUCUGGCUCCUAUAGUGUAAGACUAAAAGAAUAUGAUAACCAUGCUUUCCAGAUGGAAAGGAAAAACCAUCACAAAAGUUGAAUAAUGAGUGAAGAGGAGUACAAUUGUUUUAAAAAUCAAAAUUUACAAUGAAGUAAAUAAUUAUUAUUGUAAAUAGUGAAUAAGCAUUUUUUUAAACACAAUAAUAGAUAUAACGUUGCACAUUCGCUUAAGCUGGUCUGAUAUUUAUUUUUUUGUACAUAAUUUUUUUUAAGAAUAAAAAGACUUGAGUAAAGUAAAAUGUUUUGAAAACAACAAUAAUAGUAAACAUUUACAUAAAUAAUCAAUUGAAAUUUAAUAAUACUUCAGGACAACUAUUAUUUGUUACAUAUAAUCACUUUUUUCUGUUAAAAUCAAAACAACAUAAAUUUGAAAAUUGCACAUUUUAUAUAAUACUGUAAAAAUGUAUAUAUAUAAUAAAAUCCAUACUAUAUGUAUAUGUGGAAAAUAUAAAUAAAUAUUUUUUAAAAAUUCGUUUCAGUAAAAAAGAAAAAAAGAAAACUGAACAUUUCAAACCCAUAAAAUUUAUUUUUUUAAACCUACAUUUGAUUUCACGUAUUUAAACCCUCUUACUAUAAGUUAUAUUCAAAAAUAUAAAUAAAAGUGUCAUUCAAAAUAAAUUAAUAUUAAUAAAUUAAUUAAUUUUCACUUGAUUUGUGAAAAAAGGUAAUUCAAAUGUUAAUGUACAUUUUACAAUUGUAUAAACGCUAGUUAUAUUUCAGUGAAUUUAUUAGAAAGCAUA